AUGUCCAAGGAUCAUAUGUCACUCCCCAUGCAGAGCCUCUCGAUCGACGAGAAGGCCGGCCACGACCCCAUCACAGGCCACCGCACGCCAUCCGUAGGCACUCCCGGUCACAGCGGCAUGGGCGCGCAACCCACCAACGGCAUCCUCCCAGGCGGCGGCUCCAAGAACGAAAAGAAGAAGCUCCACCCUGCUGUCAUCAUUGUCCUCUGGAUCGCUCUCUCGAGUAGCGUAAUCGUAUACAACAAGUUCGUUCUCGAUCCCAAGCAGCUCAACUUCCCCUUCCCCGUCUUCCUCACAACCUUCCACAUGGCCUUUGCUACCGUCGGCACGCGCCUCUUGGCAAAGUACACUCACCUUCUUGACGGCCUCGCAAACGUCGAGAUGACCAACGAGCGAUGGAUCAAGAACAUUCUUCCCAUCGGCGCUCUCUUCUCGUGCUCGCUCAUCUUCAGCAACAUGGCCUACCUUACGCUCGGUGUCAGCUUCAUCCAGAUGCUCAAGGCCUUCACCCCCGUCGCAGUCCUUCUCAUCUCGUUCGCAUUCGGCCUCAAGCAGCUUUCCAGCACCCUUACUAUGAUCGUCGGUUGCAUCUCCUUCGGUGUGGCCCUCGCCUCGUACGGUCAGGGCGACUUUGCCAUGUCGGGUUUCAUCUGCCAGGUGCUUGCCAUUGGUUUCGAGUCGUCGCGUCUCGUCAUGAUUCAGGUGCUCCUCCAGGGACUCAAGAUGGACCCCCUGGUCUCGCUCUACUACUUUGCGCCCGUCUGCGCUGCCAUCAAUGCGCUGGUGCUCCCCUUCACCGAGGGUCUCGUUCCCUUCUUCCAGAUCUCCAACCUCGGUCCUUUCGUUCUUUUCACCAACGCAGGUGUCGCCUUCUGCCUCAACAUCGCUGCUGUCUUCCUCAUUGGCGCUGCCAGCUCCUUGACCUUGACACUGGCCGGUGUCAUCAAGGACAUCCUUCUCAUUCUCGGCUCCAUGCUGUUGCUGGGCGACACAGUCUCUGGCCUCCAAUUCUUCGGUUACGGCAUCGCUCUCGCCGGUCUCGUUGCCUUCAAGACACACAAGGGCUAA